ACCCACCCUGGCUGGAAUCCCUUGGCUAGAAGCUCAGAUAACAAAGGCAGAUUGAAAAUAGCCGUCAUUCCAACAGCAUCCUCAGCUUGUACCAGUGGCAGCACGGUCUCCAGAGGAACUAAGAUAUGGAGCUUGAAUUUGGUCAUUUUGACGAGAGGGAUAAGACUUCCAGGAAUUCACGAACAUCUCGAAUGAAUGGAUUGCCAAGCCCUACACAUAGCGCCCACUGCAGUUUUUACAGAACCCGCACUUUGCAGGCCCUCAGUAAUGAAAAGAAAGCCAAAAAAGUUCGGUUCUACCGUAAUGGAGAUCGAUACUUCAAGGGUAUAGUGUAUGCUGUGUCACCCGAUCGCUUCAGAAGUUUCGAUGCUCUGCUGGCUGAUUUGACCCGGUCCCUAUCUGAUAACAUUAAUUUGCCCCAAGGUGUUCGCUACAUCUACACCAUUGAUGGAAUGAACAAAAUCGGCAGCAUGGAUGAACUUGAGGAAGGUGAAAGCUAUGUUUGUUCAUCCGACAACUUUUUCAAGAAACUGGAAUACACUAAGAAUGUCAACCCAAACUGGUCAGUCAACGUGAAGACUUCCGCCACUCUUAAGUCACCACAGUCCCUGGGUACCUGCAACAACAGUCUGUUCAAGGAGAGCAAGGACUUUGUCCGUCCUAAGUUGGUGACUAUCAUUCGAAGUGGAGUAAAGCCGCGCAAGGCUGUCCGUGUCCUCUUAAAUAAAAAGACAGCUCAUUCCUUUGAGCAAGUUCUCACUGACAUCACUGAUGCCAUUAAACUGGAGACUGGAGUGGUCAAGAAGCUGUACACUUUGGAUGGAAAACAGGUGACCUGUCUUCAUGAUUUCUUUGGUGAGGAUGAUGUAUUUAUCGCAUGUGGACCUGAGAAAUUCCGAUAUGCUCAAGAUGACUUUUCCCUGGAUGAAAAUGAAUGUCGCGUCAUGAAAGGAACCCCAGCACAGCCUGUAAAAACAGUGCCCGGUCCUCUUAAAAGUUCAGCAAAAAGCCCAGCACCAACACGUCGCAGCAAGUCUCCUGCGGAUUCAGCUAAUGGAACAUCAAGCAGUCAGCUAUCCACGCCCAAAUCCAAGCAGUCCCCAAUCUCCACCCCAACCAGUCCUGGAAGUCUUCGCAAGCACAAGGAUCUGUAUCUACCCCUGUCCCUGGAUGACUCUGACUCUCUUGGGGACUCCAUGUAAAAUAUACCAGUGUCCCCAGUGAGUAGGAUCACACAGCAGAAAAGAGCUGGUCAGCACAGUGGUGCUUUUUAAAGGAUCCAAUUACAGCUUUCACACUUUUUGUUUUUCUGUUUUAUAGUUUUUGUCAUAAAUGUCAUGUGACCCAACCUGACGGGGAUAACCAACUGUUUUAUAGUGAUGAAGCAGGCUUCAAAAUGAUGUACUGUAUGCAAGUGUGCCAUUCAUGAGUUGUCCCAAGUACCAAACAUGGUGCUUCUACUGACUGAGGAUGACACCAUGUGAAUUGUAUUGUUAUACAGUGUUGUAACAAUCAAGACACGUGUAGUUGUACUAGGGAAUGUUUAGAGUGUAUUAGUGAUUACUUUCCAUGUCUGUUUUAUAUUAAUAUCCAAGUCCCCCUGGAUGCGUGGAACUAGGAAUGCUAGAUUAAAUCAAAUCAUUGAGGGUUUCUACUGACACAGUAUCAGCCCAUCACCUUUUAAAGUUAAAGGGUUACUCUAAUUUUCAAGAGCUUUUCAAAGUUUACUCUUGUAUGCCUGGUAACUAGAUAGGGGUUGGGAAGCAUAAUUCAUUCUACCAUUUGCAGUGAAAGGGAUAAACAAUACUACAUAUCCAUCUUUACUGUUUACCGACAACUUCAACAUAUACUACUAUAAACUUAAUUUGACAGAACUGAGAAGUAACAUGAAUGAGUGGAAAGAUUUAUUCACACAGUUCCCUGAGUGUCGGCUUCUGUUAGAUGAUUUGGGUGCCAGUUGGCACACUCACUGCCUCAUACUGUACAAUUUCAUUAACCCUCCUUUCAUUGGUUCUGUGGUUUUGCUUACAUCAAAUUCUAUUAUAUACCAGAUUUGUGUCUAGCACCAAUGCCAGGAGAGGGGUAAAAAUGACCACACUUCAGCAGCAGAUGGAAGAAAUAUCAGCGUAAUGAGAAACAAAUAUGAGCAUUAUUAAUCAAUUUUAUGUAUCUACAGACAAUUAAGUGAUUCAUGCUUUGUAUUUUCUGAGCAGUUCCUUGAUCUGACAGCACUGCAGACAUAGAAUUAUUUUAGGGACUUCACCUAUGAUUGAUCAGUUAACUCAAUACAUGUAGACUAACAAACAAUUUAAUCAAAUGAUAUGCAAUAAUAUUUCAUGGUAAUCUAAGUUUUCUGUCAGGAUUUAAAUAAGAUUCUACAACAUUUACGUUGUUGAUCUGUAAUGCUUAAUAGGGGUUGUGGGAGAUGGAGAUUGGGGUGGUGGUUACUUGGGGGCUCAGGCUGCCAACAAGGCACGGCAAGGCCCCCAAGAUGUCCUGAAGAUGCCCCCUUCACCGGGCAGCAUAGAAAGUAAAGAAGGCUUUGGUGUAAAGAAAGUGCCCCCAUCUGCUUGGCCAUUCCCAUUCCCGUAGAAUUGGCACCCUGAUGUUAACGGUUCAUUUAAAAGAAAUCAUUGUCUAAAAUGAAAGCAUUAAUGCAGCAGUAUGGAUGGUCAUCAACACUUCCGAUGUCAAUCAAUGUGCCAUAGGUACUUUCCAUUGAUGGUAGGAAACCAUCAAUGGAAAUAAUUGUAGGUUUCAACCAUCAGUGGGUGUCAAGUGGGGACAUGGCAGCAUUGGGAUGGUGGGCUAAGGUACAAAUGAUGGGCGGGCAGGGUCAAGUAACAUGUUUCAGGGAAAGAAAGAACGGUUGCCACAUCACUACAGGAACUAGAUGGCAGUGAUACAGUAUGUCUGACAUACAAAUAUAAAGGUAAAUGUCCCAAGGCACAAUCUGGGGAGCUGUGCUGCCCUCUGUAAAAACGGACCACAAAAUCCUGCUAACAGAUAAUACAAAGAUGAAUUACAGAAUGGGCGCUAAAUCCCGUUUCAGUAAGACAGAUAAAUAAAUACUUAGCAAGUGAUAAGUCCGUAACAAGUCCUUUUGUUUGUACAAAUUUUCUUAUGUAGAGAUACUGUAUGUCUGACCCCUGCCAUCGCUGACAAAACAUAAAGCUUUGAAUUCAAACCAUCAAUGUUUUGUAAUCAUUGAUGGCUGAUGUCCAUCAGUAAGUAGCAGCUUGUUUUACAAGUUGAGGGGAUCUUGCCACCUUGUAAUACAGUAUGAAUGACUGGAUGAGAAAUCGGAUGCAAGAUGUAUAAUAAAUUGGCCAGUAAAUUAAUUCUUCCACAUAUUACUAUGUCAUGCAUAUGAUAUGGGCUGGUGCAGCAUAAAAUUGAUUUAUAGAAGGCAUCUACUGCCCAGUGGAUUAUAAAUUUUAGAUAGUAGACAUUUAUUUUUCUUUUAAACUUCUGAUUUUUGGAUCAGCGUCAUAAUAGAUGUUGAUUAAGGAAAUGAUGGGAAGUGAGACUAUGAUCCUGUCUAUUCAUGUUAGUGAUUUCUAGCUGAACUAGCCAUUGACAAAUGUUUAGUAGUGCAUUUGUUAGCUAUACACACCUCCUAACUGGCCACCUCUGCAGGCAACCAUUCGAGGCAGCCAACACAACGCAGGAUAGUGACAGUAGCGGCAUGAUGAGGAUUGUCAAGGAAUGGCGUAGCUGAAAGGCAGACAUUGGCAACACAAUAUAUGUAAGCUUGUUUGGUGUUCCCAGUCAUAUACUGCUUGCGAGUUAGGCAUUUUAUAUUGAAUGUACAAUGCUGGGUUACCAUGAAAUAUUAAUAGUAUCUGUUUUACAGGAGACAAACACUGCCUCCAUAUAUACUGAGCAUCUUGUGCUUUUCAACAGACCUGCCAUUUGGUUAGCAGUAGUGUGUGCUAAGCUACAUUGUUGUUUAGUGGAUGCUGCUGCAAGUGCCUUAUUGCCAUAUUAAACAAUUCUUUUUAAGCAGGGUAUGUGUCCACAAUGGCUCAGAUGAAUUUUUUAAAGGGACGGACCACUGAUGUGCAAACUGUACAUUCAAUUUUAACUCCAUUGGAAUUACUUAUGGACUAAAAUUGAGAAUUCACAAUUGGAGUAUGUACUUAUGCUAACAAGCCUCCUGCACACGCACACAUGCACUGACAGAAAGCUUAGAAAUGUGUUUCUUGUGCAUUUUUUUAACCUAUUUUCUAGUUUAGCCCAAGUUAAAUAGAACAUGCGGUGCUCUAAAAUCUUACAAUGUUAACAUUUUAAAACUCAAUUAUAGGCUUACCAUAAUAAUGCCAUUAAUAGCUAAUUGUUCUAUAUUUAAUAAUAAAUAAAAAUCUGUGUCUGGAAACAGUCAGCUAAUGUGUGUCAUUUACAAUUAAAAAACAGCUCAUACAGUAUAUAAUAUCUAUUGGAUCUCUGUCUCGGUCUCUCUCUCUCUCUCUCUCUCUCUCUCUCUCUAUAUAUAUAUAUAUAUAUAUAUAUAU